AUAUAUUAAAUUGAUACAUUUUUGAUAUAUGUUAAACUUUAUUUUAUUUAUUUAUCCUAGAUCACCACUGCCCUUCCAGAACUAGAUGGCCAGGAAAAUAAAAGGGAAAUAAGAAAAAGAUUGGCUGAGAGCCUAAGGUAUAGACGGAACAUGUUAAAGAACACUAUACACUGGAAACGUGCCAAACAGCUCAAUAAAUACAAAAACGAUGCCUGUGAUAGACCUUAAGGGCAAAAUUACAGCCAUUGUAGAUGUAGUGAAAGACAAUAUUUCAGGAGAACUAGACAAGGAGGCAGAUGAAGAAACUGGUUUCAACUUKUGUUCUUCUGAUAAUCCUUCUUGUGAUGCAUGGGGCAACAAAAAUUGGAAGAGCAUCAUACUUACGGCACUCAAAAGAAAAGGUGAUUUUGUAAAGCUUAUUUUACAGUCAAUGUAUCCGGCUGGGAGUGAGAACAUUUCUUUGGAAUCACCAAACAGAAAGAAGUUCUUCCAUGAAAUAAAGGUUGGAGAGACUUUUUAUUGGCCUGAGAACCAGCUGUUGGUCAACAAUCUUCAAUCUACCAACAAACAUGUUGCCACCACUACUAUUACAAGCAAGCACCGACCAUCCCUACUAACAAACACGGUGCCACCACCAAUAAUUUAAAGAAACACACUGCCACCGCUACCAACAAACAUGGUGCCAUCACCAGUACAAACAAACAUGCUGCUGCUACCCCUACUAACAAACACGGUGCCACCACCAGUACAAACAAACAUGCUACUGCCACCCCUACAAACAAACAUUGUGCCACUGCCAGUACAAGCAAGCACACUACAAUCACCGCUUCCAACAAACACAGUGCUUAACCACCAUUACAAGCAAGCACACUAAAACAAGCCAUACUAACAAACACGGUGCAACCACCAAUAAUACAAAGAAACAUGCUGCUGCCACCCCUACUAACAAACAAACUGCAACCUCCUGAACCUCCACCCCCACGAACAACCACACUACCAUCACAGGUACACCGCCAACAAAUGACCAAGAUUUCACCACACCAUCCCCCACACAGUGUCCCAUCCUUACACUUCCCAACAAGCCAUGUAAAAGGUACAAGGGUUAUGCAUAUGUACCAGUAACUGAUGAUCUCCAUGAUGAACAGCCCCUUCCCACUAAGCGUAGGAGAAUAGCCAAGACAAGUUUGGACUUUCUUUUUUAAACAGAUUUAUAUGACAUAUAUAAUAGACCAUGUAUCAAUUCUGCCACUCAUUAUCAUGAUUUUUAAAAUUCAUAUUUUUCUACAUACUGGAUCAAAAAUGGCUGUAUUUCAUUGAAUUUUUAAUAAUUUUACAUUAUCAUUGCAUGAGCUAAGUUGGCAUGAAU